AUACUAUUUGUGGACAGGAAAUGGGACAAGGACCCCAUCCCAUUCCCUCUGUCCACCAAUUAAAGGGGGUAGUAUAUGUGUGCUUGCUUUGGCAGUGACUUGUGAGCUUCUACAAGUCAUCAGUAAUUAGCUUAGUACAGUACUACAAUUUUUAUAGAAGUAGAAAAGAAACAAUGGGUGUUCUCAAAGAAGCCAUGGCAGACGCAAUUCUGACCUCUAUGUGGAUCUUCAGCAUACCCUUCUCAAGGAUUUUGACCUCCAUCUUCGUUUCGUACAUGGGUAUUCAAUUAAAGUCUUUCUCAGGACUUUUCACAUCCACCAUCGUUACAUCUCUUCGUCUCCUAACCUUCAACUUGAUCUCCAGAGCCCUAGGUGGAGCCAACUUCAACCCCUCCACGGCCACCGCCUUCUACGUCGCCGGCCUCAAAUCCGAUGUCUCUCUCAUCUCCAUGGCGGCCCGGUUCCCGGCUCAGGCUGCCGGCGGAGUUGCCGGAGUCAAGGCACUCCUGAAACUCAUGCCAAAAGAGUACAAAGGUUUUCUCAGAGGCCCUUCUCUGAAAGUUGAUUUGCACACAGGGGCCGCAGCCGAAGGGGUCUUGACUUUUGUGUUUUGCUUUUCGGUCCUUAUGGUGGUGGUGAGAGGCCCCAAAAGUCCGAUUCUGAAAGUAUGGUCGCUUUCGUAUGUGACCACCGGGUUGUACAUUUUGGGCUCUAGGUAUAGUGGGCCUUCCAUGAAUCCGGCUAAUGCAUUUGGUUGGGCUUAUGAAAAUAACUUGCAUAACACUUGGGAACACUUCUUUGUUUAUUGGGUUUGCUCCAUCGCUGGAGCCAUUGUUGCUGCCUGUUUUUUUCGUGUUUUGUCUCCAAAACCAGUGAUUAAGUCUAAGAAGAAGAAAGAGUAGAAAGAGGCAGUUGUAUGUGCCUUGUUUUAUGUAACUACGGAUCAAAAUAACAUUCUGUAUAAAGUGUUUGUGAAUUGUGAUUACCCUUGCUUGGAUAUAUAUUUGAGCUUCAUAUAUGUAGUAUAGGAGUGUUCACAUGCUAUUUUCUUUGAUCUAAUUUUCCCUAAAAAUGGAAUAAACUGAAGGCUCGUUAAUCAUGCUGAGAAAUAUA